AUGAGCUUUUCAACAACAGUAACAUAUUCACCUGAAAUCACAAAAUUAAUAUCAGAAGGUUCCCGUGCCUAUUCAUCGAAAGAUUAUGACCUCGCUUCAGAAAAGUAUGGAGAAGCUUGUGAGAAAUACAGUGGAGAACAUGAAGGUUCCGAAGAUGCUGAUUUAUUGUUCCUAUAUGGAAAAGCUAUUUUCCAGAGUGCAGUUUCCAAAUCUGAGGUAUUUGGUGGAGCUGGAGCAAGUGCUAGUAAGACAAAUGGAGAUAGUGAUGCUGAAGGUGACGAGGAAGGAGAAGCCGAAAAGGAUGAGGAUGACCAAUUCCAAUUCUAUGAUGCUGAACCGAUUGAAGGAGAUAACGAGGAAGAUGAACAGGGUCUGGAGGAAGAUGGAGAUGAGGGUCCGCAAAUGGCAGAAGAAGACGAUGAAGAUGAUGAACCGGAGACUACGAAGGGGGAUGAUAACAAGAAUGAGGGUCAGGAUGAGGAGGAACAAAGUGAGUUUGAAAUUGCUUGGGAGAUCUUAGAUCUUACUAGGAAUUUAUUGGAAGAAAAGCUUGAAGGUCUUAACAAAGGUGAUUUGACUCCUCCGUAUAUUUUGGAUAAGAAUGCUUCUAUCACAAAUGAAUAUGUUGUUGUGUUACAGAAACUCUCUGAAGUAUAUGAUAUCUUGGGAGAAGUAUCUUUAGAAACUGAAAAUUUCCCACAAGCUGCAAUUGAUUUAAAGAAAUGUCUUGAUCUUAGAUUGGAAUUGUAUAAGUCAAGUAAUUCAUUGAUUUCAGAAUCUCAUUAUAAAUUGGCUUUAGCGUUGGAAUUUUGUGGUGAUGACUCUGAACUGAAAAGCAAGGCACAAGAACAAAUCAAAUUAGCAAUUGACUCCGUCAAAGCGAGAAAUCAAGAUGAAACUAAUGAAGAUCGUACAAAGGACAAUGAGGAAAUGAUUCAGGAAUUGGAAGCUAAAUAUGUUGAUUUGGGUAAUGAUGAAUUGAAAGCUCAGGCUGAUAUGAUUAAAGGAUUAUUAGGUCAAGUGACAUCGGAAGCAUCUAGUGGACCACAAGAAGGAAGUAGUAGUGCGACUGCGAUCAACAACCUUACAUCGAUGGUCAAGAAGAAGACUAAGGAUGCUAAGGUGAAUGAUUUGACGGGAAUGGUAAAGAAAAGAAAAGCACCUAAAAAGGAUCCCAGUGAAGCGAAUAAGAAGGUUAAGACUGAUUAG